UUGGGCUUGGGGAUAGAAACCCUGUUUUGGGUACUGCGGGGUGAAAGUGAUGAUGCAUUGCAGAUUCUCUUUACAACGGUUUGUCGGGUUGCAACGUGAUCAACUGCCUGGAUUGUGCUGGUACGGCAUCUCUCCUCCACAGAUAUCGUGGACCUGGGCUGUGGUACUGAAAGUACCCGGUUUACAACUUACAACGACCCUUCGGCCCAUUCAAUCGCCCUGUCAUACCUCAAGAUCUAGCUAGGAGCACUAACCGGCUUUUAAGCUGAGCAGAGAGUGAUAUCUGCCCACACUCAAGAAGUCGUGUCAACUCAACAUCCUAACUCUUUAUAAAGUAACGACAACUUGUAAUAGCGCCGCGGGACUUGCCAUGGCUUCCCGGAUGUCUCUAAAAUCGUUCCUAGUGACUGCAAGGCAAGCGUUGUUAGCGCCGCUUCCACAACGGCCUAAACCACUGAGCUUCGUUGUUGGCAACGAGUCUGCAGACCUCGACUCCCUGUGCUCGGCCCUCAUCCUCGCCUACUUCCGCACCCACACCCCACCUCACACCUUGCACAUUCCCUUAUGCAACCUCCCCCGGGCGGACCUUGCUCUCCGGCCUGAGCUCACCGCCGCGCUCAACCCAGCAGGCCUCCAGCCAGACGAUCUCAUCACCAUCAGUGACCUUCCCAAGGACGGGCUCGCCCCGCAAGACACGCGCUGGUUCCUAGUUGACCACAACGUCCUAACAGGCGACCUUGCCACAACCUUUUCCGACACCAGCCUCAUCGUAGGCUGCAUCGACCACCACGACGAUGAGGGUUCCAUCCCCCAAAACUUGCCCCCAGAGCAGCCCCGCGUUAUCGCCAAGUGCGGCAGCUGCAUGAGCCUAGUCCUGGAGCACUGCAGAGAGAUAUGGGACCGGCUCACGGCUGAAAACGGCGGCGGCGGCGCGGAUGCAGAACAGGAGGAGGAUGCAGCCCUCGCGCGCGUGGCGCUGGCGCCGAUCCUGAUGGACACGAGCAACCUGACGUCUAGGGACAAGACGACAGACCGGGACGUGCGUGCGGUCGAGCUGGCCGAAUCAAAACUCGGCCGCGGACCCUACGACCGGACGGCCUACUACGGCCAGCUUGCACAGCUCAAGGAGCAAAUCCAGGGCCUGUCGUACCGCGACAUCCUGCGUAAAGACUACAAGCGCUGGAGCGACGGCUCGCUUGCCCUGGGCGUCUCGUCUGUCGUGCAGGGGUUUGCUUAUCUUUUUCGCGAGAUCGGGGAUAAGGCUGAGUUUCUAGCGGCGCUGAGCUCGUGGGCGAGGGAGCAGAGGUUGGAUAUCGCGGCUGUGAUGACGACCUCGAGGCCGGAUGUGGUGUUUACGAGGGAGCUACUUGUUUGGGGGCUGAACAAGGAAGCUGGCGAUGUGGUGAAGGAAUUCGAAAGGAAGUAUGGGGAUUCGCUGGGGUUGGAGAAGUGGGGUGGGGGAGAAUUAGACGGCAAAGAUGGUGGGGGUUGGAGGGCGUGUUGGAGGCAGCGGAAGGUUGAGCAUAGUCGGAAGCAGGUGGCGCCGAUGCUGAGAGAGGUCAUGAGGGAAUCCGCGAGGCUCUGA